UAUCAAUCACAACAAUGUAUAUUACAGAUGAUUAAGCAUAUAAAUCGACAGUGUGUUGUUUUACACACAUGCACACAGACAUUAUUUCAUAGUUGUGAGAUGCAUAAGAAAUCUUUAGACACGUAACACAAACCAUAAUCCAUAACAACAAAAGACAAUACUUUAUUUAACCUUUUCUGAUAAGUGUGUGCUGCAAACGCGAGCAUUUCUGACGUUUUAUCUCGUUUAACCACAGCUGUAGUCGGUUUUUUGUCUGGGAGUGGAAGCAGGUAUGCGUUAAAAUUUCAAAUUGUAGCCUGUACUACGUCGAUUCUUGCAUCCAACAUCACAACAAGAUGAUAUUUUAAGCUCCUCGAGUAGCCGAAUCUGCCCUGGUUUGAAUGGGCCUCCUCCAGUUCUCCCUUUGUUUUGCCUCCAGCUAGCGCGGUGACGGAAUCGUGGCGUCGGCGCAAAAAGGGUCUAUAAUUGUGAUAUUCUCUGAAGCAGAAUACGGAGGCAGAGGGAUGCAGUUUAUGCUUCUUUAUUUUACAGAUGCCUAACGCUGUAACCAUGAGCUGGUAUAUGCUAAGACAACAACAACUCCUCUAACUCUGAGUGGCCAACUACCUGCUAUAUGAGAACGCCCUCUAGUGGUCACACUCCCAAUUUACAGAAUGCUUACUACUUCACUACAUUCCCUUCCCCCUGAUAACACUAGUCAUUCAACAACUUGGUCAUAUAUAUAUAAACAGCAUUAUAAGAACAUUACAACCCCCUUUUUUUUUUUUCACAAUUUAUCACAUAGCCUAAGCUCCAUCCCAGUGAGUUCCAGGACGCAUUCUUGCCCUGUGGCUGGAGAACUCACCACUACUCUAAGCAAAGUCUUUCAAGUAAGUGGGCAACUUCCUUGUUCUUGUAGACCUUCUGAGCUCAGGCUGCUCCUCUGCCUUUACAGUAUCUGAUACAGUGGCCUCUGAUGUAAUUCCAGUUGUCUGCUGUCCAACACUGUCCCCUGAUGGUGCAGGACUAACUGGUUCAGUCAAUGGCAACUCCUCCACGUCUUGCAAGGAAGUCUCCAACUCCACAGCUGUUCCAGCAGCCGCUACCACAUGUUUGGUCCUCACCUGAUCAAUGUGUCGGCGCACUACUUGGCCAUUACCAAGUUCGAUGGUAUAUGACAGAGGCCCCGUCCUUUUCUGCACUUUUCCUGGAAUCCAGAUAGUACAGAAUACAGAGCCGGCGGUUCAUGUGAGAGGCCAGGAGCCCCUUACUGCCUCCAUGCUGGCGGCUGCACCCUUAAAAGAGCAGAAACAACUCUUGGGCGAGCGGCUGUAUCCACUUAUCCAGGCCUUGCAUCCUACUCUUGCGGGAAAGAUCACAGGCAUGCUGCUGGAGAUCGACAACUCUGAACUACUGCACAUGCUUGAGUCUCCAGAGUCCCUGCACUCCAAGGUUGAAGAGGCUGUAGCGGUGCUUCAGGCUCAUCAAGCCAAGAAACUGUCGCCAAAGUGAGGGAGCUUUGUAAGGCAGGCAUGCACACUGAAGGUCUGUGAGGGUUGUUCCAGAGAACGGGGAAAAGAACACAGCACUUCAGAGUCAUGCUAUUUAAUGCAUGGUUUGCACACUGCAAAUGUCCUUUUGCUGUCUACAGUGUUAAGUUUGUUCUGAUUUUGUUCAUAAAAACAUUUAAUUUCUGUGUGCAAUAAAAAUGAUUCUGACUUAAAUGGACAUGCAAAAGAAGUUUCUGAGUGUCUUAUUCUUAUCACAGUGAUUUUGAGUUUGUGGCAGGGA